UGACUGACUCUCUGUUUCCAUUCUGGCAAACUGGUUUGCUCUUUUCUCUCCGGGGCGUGGGGUGUUGAAGAUGAGCUUCUUACCGAGCCUCUCCUGGGCCUCUUGGCAGUCUCCUGCUCUGUGUGCCACUCGGGCUCCCCCCAGAAGACGGAGACCAUGAAUCGCCCCUGAGCUGCCUCCCUUGGUAGGACCGCACCAGGACGAGAUCUCACCUCCCGCACUGGGCAUUGUAGCCACAUCCAGGAGUCAGCAAUUUAGGAAGAGCCAGGAAAAGUGACAGGUAUGCUGGCUAGCUGAUUAUGACCAAGAGAAGGCUUAGGAGGAGAAGACAAACUUUGGAAACAUGGCAGGGGUCCAUGAGAUGAUGAAUCAUGUCACCCCGACCCUUUCGGAAAUUGGAGAGAGGACCUGGGAGGCCAGCAUUCCGCGGGAAACUUCUGGCAGCCUGGACAGGGAUAAAGACCAGAGCACCAGCAUCUUCUCUGUGUUUGCGGGGCUCCUUGCCACCCUCCUGGUCACCGUGGUUCUCUGCAUCCUGUGGAACUGGAAUAAAAGGAAGUGCCCACUUCCUUACCUUCGAGUUACUGCCAUGCCCUUGCUGACCCUGCCUCAGUGUAGGCAAAGAUCCAAAAACAUUUAUGACUUCUUGCCUCGGAGGCAAGAAGACCCAGGGAGAUGUCAGUCAAGGAGUAUUCGCAUUUUCAGUACUGAGAGCCUUCUCUCCAGAAAUCCUGACAGCCCUACCCCUGAGCAUGUGCUCUCACAAGCAGGCAAUGCCCUCCAGGUGCAUGAAGCCCACACCUGUGACGUGGGGUUUCCGGUGGGUGUCUAUGACAACACUAUGGUACCCCAGAUGUGUAAGACCUUGACGCCCUCAGCACACUACAUCAAUGUCAGAGCUUCCAGAGAUGACCUGAGCAUUUCUUCAGAGGAUUCAAGGGAUUAUGUCAACGUGCCCAGAGCAGAAGAGAUGGCUGAGGAUCUAGGUUCCAGCUCCCCCAGAAAUCUCUUUGUCCUCCCAAGUGCACAGGAGCUGGACUUUACUGAGAAAAGAGAUGUGGGCUAUGGGGAUGCCAGUGGCUGCACCAGAUUUUGGUCUCCAGGAACUGAGAGCAGUGACCAACUCAGUGAUGAGGAUAGUUCUUCUCAGACCUCAAAUGACUACGUCAACAUGUCAGAAUUAGAUCUUGGGGCCACCCAGCAGGAGCAGCCCUGGAAAACUUUUCGGUGCUGCAGAGAUUAUGAAAAUGUCCCACCAGCAGAUGUCAACAGAAGCCAGCAGCAGGCAGAAGAAGAGGUGACAUCCUUAAACACAGACUAUGUGAAGGACAGGACAGAUGCUCUGGAGACCGACACUCAGUCUGUCAUGCAGUCAGGCAGCUUCCUUGUUUUAGAGGAUCACGUGGCCUUCCAGCCAUUGCUACAGAGUGGGAACAGCCAGAUGAAGCAUGGAGAAGAGAUGCCAAGUGAGGACGAUAACGACUACGAGAAUGUGCUAGCUGCCAAGUUAGGAGGCAGGGACUCCGAGCAGGGGUCAGGCACACAGAUCCUUCCUGAUGAAUUAAGAUCCAGCCACCCAGCUAGAAAACUACAUGAAGUGGUUUAUCCUGCUGGAUCCACAGCCACCACAGAGUCUAAUGAUGACCCAUGACCACGCUAGUAUCUCAGUGGAUUCAUUUGGUUGGCCUCAAAAGAGGCUGAGGUGAGUAGGGAACUAAGAGGCUAAAAAGGGAAAGCCAGAUAGGAAUUCUUGUCAAGCACAGUGUUGUUAUCUGCCAUACCAGCCUGAGAAAGUGUGCUGAAUCUGCCUUAUAGGACUGUUGUGGAAGAUAAGAAAUGGGACCAUACCUUGAUGCCCAGUGGAAACAGGAAGUCAGCUAAAAUCAAUACCUUCACUAAUACCCAGCUGCAAAGCAAGAGUACAGAUUACUUUGUAAUCUAGGCAGAAGCCAACAGGAAGGAAGAAGUCAAGGGGAGGAGGCUUCCGUUUUAAAAAAGUACAAGCAACCAAAUGCUGAGGAUGCUGAACAACAGAAACUCGCAGUCAUUCCUGGUGGAUCAGAAGCAUGUAACAGCCACUUAGGAAAGCUGUUUGUCAGUUUCUUAUGAAGUUAAACAUUCUCUUAGCAUAUAACCCAGCCAAUUCCACUACUAUGGAUUACUCAAGUGAAAUGAAAACUUAUGUUCACACAAAAGCUGGUACAUGAAUAUUUGCAGCAACUUUAUUCAUAAUUGCAAAAAACUAGAAAUAACCCAGAUGUCUUUAAACAGGUGAGUGGAUAAACAAACUGUGGUACAUACCACUCUGGAUUAGAGUCGGAAUACGAUAUGAACUCAGGUUUACUUGCAUAUAUGUAUAAACAGGUCAUGACAGAAAUAAUACAGAUUUGUGUGCAGGCAUGGGUUACUAUAUGUACGUGUAUUUGUCUAGCUCUGUGUACCAAGGGACCAGAGUGGCAGUGAUGUUCACUAGCAACUAGCACACCCAGCAUUUAGAUCUUGGUUUCGAAAUACUAUUCUCCAAUCAGUGAAGCAUUGAUUCAUGCAACAGCAUGGGUGAAGUUAUUUUUAAUAGACUAUUUUUUAGAGCAGUUUUUGGUUUAUAGAGAAAUUGUGCAGAAAAUUCCCGUAUGCUCCCCCUUCCUCUGCAUACUGUUUUUCCUGUUAUUAACAACAUGGGUAAAUCUUAAAUGCAUUUUGCUAAGUAAAAGAAGCUGGAUCUAAAAGUCUACCUAUUGUAUGAUUCCAUUGAUAUGACAUUCUGGAAAAGGCAAAACUAUAGGGAUGUUGCCAGAGGUUGGGGGAGGGGACGGAUUUACUACAAAGGGACUGUACAAUGGAUUUGGGGGUGAUAGACCUGUAUAGAAGCCCUGAUGGCUCAGUGGUUAAACGUUCAGUGGCUAACUGAAAGGUCAGCAGUUCAAACCCACCAGUGGCUCUGAGGGAGAAAGAUGUGGCAGUCUGCUCCCAUAAAGAUUACAGUCUUGGGACCCCUAUGGGGCAGUUCUACUCUGUCCUAUAGGGUCCCUAUGAGUCAGAAUCAACUCGACAGCAGUGGGUUUGGUUUUUUGUUUUUAGACCUGUUUCUUAUGGUACUGUGGUAGUAGAUACAUAACUCCAUGCAUUUGUCAAAAUACAAAGAAAUGGACACCACCAAGAAUGACUUUUCCUGAAUUAGAGCUAAAAAAAAAUUAGUCAUAUUGUCAGAGGACCCAGGGUAGAAUGCAAAUUGUGGCAAAUGAAUCUACCUGUAUUCUAAACGUAUGACACAACCUCACUGAAAGUGGUGGGAGGAAAUGAGCUGACGUAAGUAACUUUCGAAAACAGUGUUUUGACUGGAUGCUGUAAGGUUGAAAACACAAAACCUGUACACAAAUACUUCAUUCUAGGUGGAAAAUCUUUAUCUCAAAGGAGUAGGGUUAGCAAUUCUGAGACCACUUCACACAUAUACUAACUCUAACUACCUCAUUGCCGUGGAGUGGAUUUCAAUGUCACAGCGGCCCUACAGGACAAGGCAGACCUGCCCCCACAGAGUUUCCAAGGAGCAGCUCGUGGAUUCAAACUGCCAACCUUUUGGUUAGUAGCCGAACUCUUAAGUGGCGUGCCACCAGGGCGCCACACAUAUACUAAGGUUGAAUGAAUAGGUAAAUAUAUUGUCUGUAACCACAGCCAGGUUUCUCACUGUCAGAGAAAGAAGUUACAAAUAAGCAAGUUGGAAAGGCUAGAAUGAACGCUGUGUGUGAUGCUGGAUUAGAGCUGGGGAUACAAUAUGAACUCAGGUUUAUUUUAACACGUAUACACAUAGAUCGUUACAGAAAUAAAUACAGAUUUGUGUGCAUUUUCUAUCUCUGUGCACCAACGGCACAUGGGAGCACUGACACCCCAUAGCAACAAGCACACCUAGUCCUUAGAUCUUGGUUUCAAAAUACUAUUCUUCAAUAAAAGGAAUUAGAGUUCCUUGGAGAAAUGGCUGGUUCUAGGGCUGGGGCACGGAAAAUACAAGAUGAGCCUGUAGCGUCUUGCAGGGCCCCAAAGUAAGGAAAUACCAAAAGAAAAGAAAAAAAUAUGAGGGGGUGUCAAAAGCAGCCAAUGGAAAGAGAUUCUAGUGGCAAAGUUGGAACAAGUCGAGCAAUAAAAAUAAAUAAUUAAAAUAUUUCUUGAUUACCCAAAGAAUAAAAUAAAUAUCCAUGAGUCCAUACCAAUAUAAAUAAAUGAUGGAAUAAAUAAAUCAAUUGGAGGAAAAGGAUAAAUCUCCCUUACGGAUGAAUUUCAAAUAAUAAAUGUAGAUGAGGGAAGUAGAAAAAUAUUACCAUUAGGGAAAACUUCUCAGCCACGAAGAGAAAUGAAGUUCUGUUACAUGCUACAACAUGGACGAACCUUGAAAACAUUCUGCUAAACGAAAUGUCAGACACAAAAACACAAGUAUCGUAUGAUCCCAUUAUAUGAAAUAUUAUAGUAGACAAACACGUAGAAACAAAGUUGGUCAGUGGUUACCAGGGGGAGCAAGAAAUGGGAAGUUAUUGCUGAAGGGGCACUGAGUUUCUGUUAAGGGCAAUGAAAAAAAUUGGAAACGGAUAUUGGUGACGGUUGUGCAACAUGAUAACUGUAAUUAAUGUCACUGAAUUGUACCUGUAAAAAAUGUCAAAGUGGCAAAUGUCUUGUUAUGUAUAUUUGUAUCACAAUUUAAAUAAAGAAGAAGAAAUCACCAUUACAAUAUCGCAGUAAUAAUUGCUAUAGGCAAGUCCACUGAUGAAAGCUACAAUUAGUGGUUAACAUUUUAAGGAGAAACAAGAGAGCUACAUAACCUUGAAGACUGUCCUCCAAAAUAUUUAUACAUGACUGUGGUGGUUUUUACCCAUGUCUACAAAUUCUUUGAAACUUUGCCCUCCAGGAGGUGGAGCUUAAGUCCCCUUCCCUUGAUUGUGGCUGGAUAUAGUGACUCAUUUUUAAUGAAUAGAGUAUGGAAAGGGACAAAUAGUAACUAUACAGCAGAGAAACUUGGCGGACACCACCUUCACCAAGUGGUCAAGGUUAGCAUCACCACUAAUAAGUCGAUGGUGAUAUCACUUCACCUCUGUGGUAUUCUUCGCCAAAAUCCAUAACACAGUCUAAUCAUGAAAAAAAAUUAGAAAACCCGAAGUGAAUGACAUUCUGUGAAUACCCCACCAGAACUUUUCAAAAGUGUAAAGGUCAUGAAAGACAGAGACUAAGAAACUAUCACAGACUGGAGGAGAUUAGGAAGAUAUGGUGUUAAUAUUAAUAUCAUUAAUAUCACAUGCAAGUAAAAUUAUGCUGCAGACCAUUCAAAAGUGGUUAUAGCAAUACAUCAACAGGGAGCGGCCAGAAAUUCAAGCCAGGUUCAGAAGUGGACGCAGAGCAAGAGGUGUGACUGCUGAUGACAGAUGGAUCUUGACUGAAAGCAGAAAAUACCAGAAAGAUGUUUACCUGUGUUUUAUUGACUAUGCAAAAGGAUUUGACUGUGUGGAUCAUAACAAAUUAGGGAUAACACUUCAAAGAAUGGGAUUUCCAGAACACUCAAUUGUGCUCAUGAGGAACCUGUACUUAGACAAAGAGACAGUCAUUCAAACAGAACAAGGGGGUGCUACAUGGUUCAAAAUCAACAGAGGUGUGUGUCAGGGUUGUGUAUUUUCACCAUACUUAUUCAAUCUGUAUGCUGAGCAAAUAAUCCGAGAAGCUCGACUACAUGAAGAAACAUGCAGCAUCAGGAUUGGAGGAAGACUCGUUAACAACCUGCGAUAUGCAGAUGACACAACUUGCUGUAAGUGAAGAGGACUUGAAGUACUUGCUGAUGAAGAUCAGUAUGGAUUACACCUUAACAUAAAGAAAACAAAAAUCCUCACAACUGGACCAUCGUGAUAAAUGGAGAAAAGAUUGAAGUUGUCAAGGAUUUCAUUUUACUUGUAUCCACAAUCCACACCAAUGGAAGCAGCAAUCAGGAAAUCAAAUGAUGUAUCGCAUCAGGCAAAUCUCCUGCAAAAGACCUCUUGCAAGUGUUAAAAGGCAAAGAUGUCACUUUGAGAACUAAGGUCCGCCUGACCUAGGCCGUGGUAUUUUUAAUUGCCUCAUAUGCAUGAGAAAGCUGGACAAUGAAUAAGGAAGGCCAAAGAAGGACUGAUGCCUUUGAAUUGUGGUAUCGACAAAGAAUAUUGAAUAUACCACGGACUGCCAGAAGAACGAACAAAUCUGUCUUGAAGAAGUAUAGCCAGAAAACUCCUUGGAAGCGAGGAUUGUGAGACUUCAUCUCAUGUACUUUGGACAUGUUAUCAGGAGGGGCCAGUCUCUGAAAAAGGGCUUAAUGCUUUGUAAAAUAGAGGGUCAGCGAAAAAUAGAAAUGUUCAACGAGAUGGAUUGACACAGUGGCUGCAACAAUAAGCUCAAACAUAGCAAGGAUUGUGAGGAUGGCACAGGACCAGGCAGUGUUCCAUUCUGUUGUACAUAGUAGGGUGGCUAUGAGUUGGAACCGACUCAAUGGCACUUAACAAUAACAACAACAAAGAAGACAUGACGACUAAAUGCAACAUGGUAUUCUGAGGUGGAUUCUGGAACAGAAAAGGACAUUAGUGGAAAAACUCGUGAAAUUUAAAUGAAGUCUAUAUUUCAAUUAAUAGGGUUGUUGUUAGGUGUUGUCAAGUCGAUUUCCAACUUAUAGUGACCCCAUGUAACGGAGUAGAACUGCCAGUGGGGUUUUCUAGUCUGUAAUCUUCAUUGCCAGUUCUUUAUCCCACAGAGCCCCUGGGUGAGUUCAAACCACCAGCCUCUAGCAGCCAAGCACUUAACCAAUUGGACAACUUGAAAUCCGUUGCUGUAGUGUUGAUUCCAACUCAUUGUGACCCUAAGGGGCAGGGCAGAACUGCCCUAUAGGGUUUCCAAGGAGCAGCUGUUCGGUUUGAACUGCCAACCUUUUGGUUAACAGCCGUAGCAAGUCCACCACACCAUCAGGGUUUCCAGCGCUCCUUAAUAGUGCUGUACCAGUGUUAAUUCCUUAGUUUUUGAGGACUGUGUGCCGUGGUAACAUAAGAUGUUAACAGGGUGUACAGGACUCUCUACUACCUUUGCAACUCUUUUGUGCAUCUAAGAUUAUUUCAAAAUUAAAAAAAUAAUAAUAAUAAAACAUGGACAAGGCUGGGAGUGAAGAAGUCUAGGUUCAUCCCACUUAAAUAAAUAAAAGCCACUCUGUGCCUUUGUUCCUUCUGCAAAAUAGAUACAACAUAAAGCAUAGUAACUAUUUUGGGUAUUUGUUUUUGUUGUUGUUGUUGUUGUUAACAUGUAUGCCCAGUCUCCUCUAUCAAUCUGCAAUCACUUCAUCAGCUGGAAAAAUAUAUUUUGAUUCCUUUUAUUCACUCUGAGGAGCCCUGUGGUGCAGUGGUUAAGUGUUUGGCUGCUAACCAAGAGGUCACUAGUUCAAACCCACAAGCCACUCUGGCAGAAAGAUGUGGCAGUCUGCUUCUGUAAAGAUUUGCAGCCUUGGAAACCUUAUGGGGCAGUUCUACUUUGUCCUACAGGGUCACUAUGAGACAGGAAUUGACUCCACAGCAGUGGGUUUUGGGUAUUCACCCUGGCUUCUAGCACAAGGCCCAGACAAAGGCAGAUUAUUGAUAAUUGAUGACUGAGGAUGUGGUGUGAGUGCCUGAACUUAUAAGACGUUGAGUGAGGUUUUUUUCUGCUCUUCUGGAAUUUAGGCUAAGGCCUAAAGCUGAGGGCUAAAGGUGCAAAAUCCCCCAGAUUCUGAGUUUAGAGUGCCACCAGCUGCUAGAGAUCAACCGCUCCCCACCCUCCCAGGCUUGCUGAGUGAAGGGAAAUUAGUCCUACCAUCAAGGGCAGUCUGCUGUACCCCAUUGCUGGUGGACGAAAGAGGACAGAGUCCAUCAGAGCUAGCCUUUGGGGAGUGUGCCAGUCCGGAGACAGGCUCUUUCCUCCUUCACUAACUCCCCUGGGAGAUGAUAAUCAUCUCCCUCUGCAGAAUGCUUGAGGAGCCCUGGUAGCUCAACUGUUAAGUCCUCAGCUUCUAACCAAAAGGUCAGCGGUUUGAACCCACCAGCCACUCUGUGGGAGAAAAGGCCUGGCAAUCUGCUCCCAUAAAGAUUAUAAAGUCUAUGUGGGCAGCUCUCCUCUGUCCUACAGUGUCGCUAUGAGUUGGAAUCAGCUCCACAGCACAUAACAACGAUAAGCAGUGUGCCUGAUGCCCCGCUGCAUGGGGAGAAAGAAGAAAACGGGCCAGAACUGAGAGAGGGAUGGCUGUGAAGCAGCUGGCCACGCGCUAUUAGGCACGGCAAGGUUAAAUGAGUACCAGAGGAAGGUGACUGGACGUGGGCCAUCUUGGUGGCACCCCCUCAACAGGGUGUCUAGGCAAGGGCCCCAGCAUGAAUCUGUGAGGUCUGAACCAUCUGAGGUGGCCUCGUGAGUGCUUAGAUGGUAAAGGGAGAGAGUUGCAGGAGCUAGCUCGGCCACUUCUGGUAACUGUGUCUUUGUAGGCAGGCUACUACAGGGCUCUGAAGUUCACCCCACAAGUAACCAGCAUUUAUAUACCUGCCUAGUUACCCUUACAUAUGUACAUUACAUACAUUCUCUCAAAUUGAGAGUGAUUGAUAAAUUGUAGAUCACCUUAUACUAGAUAGGUAACUUGUUUAUUUCUCAUUCUAAGAGUUUUUACAAACAAACUGAUGAAACACUGUUUUUAAAAAACACUGUAAUUCUUUCUUUCCCCUAAUGGUUUUAUUUUCACAUUUUACUUGCCAGGAAAUUUUGAAUUAAAUGGAAUACCCAAUUGCAGUCACUGUCUCAUCUCAAUUGCCUAAUAAUGCUAAACAUGAGGAGAUUCUUUCAAGAUCAGGAAUGAGAAGUAGAUGUAAAGAUAACUAAUUAUUGUGAUCCUUUGAUUAGUUAAAUAUACUGAAUUCAUUUUUCAAACUUGUAUUAUAUUGACAUGCCCUCAUUCAGAAUGCUGUGUGGCAUGAAACGCAGAGUUUUGCUAGGUCUCCUCCAUCCCUCUAUAAAGACCUCAUCCUCGAAGGGUGAUAGGAAGACAUAACUUGCUGUCCUUCUUGGGUCUGCCUUCUCUGAACCUCUCAUAGUUAUCCUGGGGUUGAUCAGCACUCCUGGGUUUCCGGUAGGCCCAGGGCCUGUACUGCCUUGCAAAUACUCCCAGGAGCUUCGUGAGUCUUAAAACACUCAAUAAUUGGAUGCCCUACUGACCUGGAGUUAGGGGGAAAUGGGAAUAAACAUUACCUUUUGCCAACCUUCCCCUCCAGCUUACCCAUUUCCAGACUGGAAAGGUGGUUGUACAUUUCUACCCUGAAGGGUUAGAAACAUUUCAGAAGAAUAGGACAACACAGUCAAAACUUCAACCAUUUCCUUCUAUCUCAGAUACUCCUUUGACUCUCCAGGAACAAGGGAAGGCCCUUGAGACCCUUCACAAGCAGUCUCCCAGGCAGGGCUGGCUUCAAGGGUACACAUGUGUGCAGUUGCCCAAGGACUGCUCAGCUGUCACCAUCUUUAAAUUCUUAACUUUGAAAGAAAUUCCUCUCUAUGAGCUUAUGUUUGUAAAUAAAAUCUGAAUUCAGACUUCUAACUUCCUAACUGUGAGAAAAUAAAUUUCUGUUCAUUAAAGCCACCCACUUUGUUAUUUCGGUUAUAGCAGCACUAGAUUACUAAAACACACCUCCAAUCCAAAUCAAAUUCAGCCCUUCCCACAUGAAGAGUAAUUGCUCCCUCAGUCCUUCACUCUCCCCCAGCGCACUAUGCCUGUAGUCUCAGAUCUCAGCUGGACAGACUGAAAUGGCCAUACCCACCUGUGUUGGCAGAUCCCUGUAUGGAAACACAGACCCUAGCCCAAGGAUCAAAUGGAUAAGGUUCCUCCAUCCAAGUUUCCUUUUUGUGAUUCCAUCAAAGCAAGAUGUGGAGCUCUGGCUGGUUCCUUCAAUUAGGAAAUCUAUUGAAGCAAUAAAUUUAAAAACCAUGGAAGUUCCAAAAAGAGACAUGGGAAAAAGUUUUACAAUCUCAGAGUGCAAGAGGUCUUUCUAAACAUGAAUCCAAACCUAGAAAGCUAUAAAAAGAAAGACUGACAAAUCUGACUACUGUAUUGGUUUUCUAUUGCUGCUGUAAAAAAUCGCCACAAACUUAGGGGCUUUAAACAACUCAGAUUUAUUAUCUUACAGUUCUGGGGGUCAGAAGUUUGAAAUGAAUCUCACAGGGCUAAAAUCAAGAUGUCAGCAAGGCUGCAUUCCUACUAGAGGCUCCAGAAGAGAAUCCGUUUCCUUGCCUUUUUCAGCUUUUAGAGACAGUCCGCAUUCCUUGGCUUGUGGCCACUUCUUCCAUCUUCAGAGCACAUCACUCCAAACUCUGCUUCUGCCAUCAUGCCCCCUCUCUGACUCUGGCCCUCUUGCCUCCCUCUUAUAUCCGCCCUUGCGAUUGCAUUGGGUCUACCCCAAUAACCCAGGAUAGUCUUUCCAUCGGAAGAUCUUCAACUUAAUCACAUCUGCAAAUUCCUUUGCCAUGUAAGGUAACAAAUUUACUGGCCCUAGAGAUUAGGACAUGGACGUCUUUGAGGGGAUCAUUAUUUUGUCUACUCUAAAAAGUUAGUAUCUCUGGUGACAGGGGAGUCUGAUAGUGUCUGAAGCCCUGCUGUAAGAUUCAGAAAGUAAAAAGAUGCGUGCACACACAGGCACAUUCACAUCUGGGUUUCAAAAGAAGAAAUGAGGGAGUUCAAAGAAGGUCGCUAGGCCUGGCACAUUUGUUGAUUUCCUGAUAAGCCGAUUUAGAUUAUGGACUAGAGAUUAAGUUAGGGGAAAUGCUUCCUUUCCUGGAAGUCACAGCAAACAUGAAAGCAGCAGUCACCAGUGUCCUGGGAGAUACCAGGCAGACACACCAGAGGAAGCCUUUUAUUGGCUAAAUUAAUGCAAGAUCUGUAGGUAACUUUCACUCAGAAGACGGGAGUCUACAACAGAAACUCGGGUUUGUCUCAGGCGUCCUGAAGUACUCUCUACAAAAGGGAAAGUCCAGUCUUGACAAUUCCAGAUCAAGCUAAGGACUCAUGACAUGAUUCUCCAAAAGUGUUCUAAUUUUGUGAGAUUUCACGUGAAAAGAAUGUGUAUUCGAUUGUCAUUGGGUGGAAUGCUCUAAAAAUGUCAAUUCGAUCAAGCAGAUUGAUGGUGUUGUUCAGGUCAUCUAAGUCCUUACAGCUUUUCCAUCUACUUGUGCUAUCAAUUACUCAGUGUCCUAGUCCUCUAGUGCUGCCAUAACAGAAAUACCACAAGUGGAUGGCCUUAACAAAGAGAAAUUUAUUCCCUCACAAUCUAGUAGGUUACAAGUCUAAAUUCAGGGUGUUGGCUCCAGAGGAAGGCUUUCUCUCUCUGUCGGCUCUGGAGGAAGAUUCCUUGUCGUCAAACUUCCCCUGGUCAAGGAGCUUCUCAGGAGCAGGGACCCUGUGUCUAAAGGACAUGCUCUGCUCCUGGUGCUGCUUUCUUGGUGGUAUGAGGUCCCCCACUCUCUGCUUGCUUCCCUUUCCUUUUAUCUCGUGCAGGCCACACCCCAGGGAAAAUCCUUUUACAUUGGGUCAGGGAUGUGGCCUGAGCAAGGGUGUUACAUCCCACCCUAAUCCUCUUUAACCACAGGCGGAGAUUAUGAUUUGUAAUACGUAAGAAAAAAUCACAAAACGGAGGACAACCCCACAUGGCCUAACCAAGUUGGCACAUAUUUUGGGGGGACACAAUUCAAUCUGUUACACUCAGAGACAAGUGUUGAAGCCUCCAAGUAUUAUUGUAGAUUGCAUGUGCAUUUAGGAUUGUUACGUCUUCUUGGUGAAUUGAUACUUUCAUCAUUAUGCAAUGUCUCCCUUUAUCACUGGUGAUAUUCCUUAUGAAAUCUACUUGGCCUGAUAUUAAUAUAGCCAUGCUGCUUUCUUUUUCUUUUUUUUGGCACUUUAAAUUAAAAAAAAAAACAAAACAAAACUUUUACUUUGAAAUUAUUUUAGACUUACAGAAAAGGUACAAAAAUGAUAUGGAGAGUUCCCACAGGUUUGUCUCAUGUAAGAACAGCUCAGGUGUGCCUGGGACAUGGUCAGUUCAUACACAGAAUAAGAUGAGGCCUUCUCCAGCUCUCUUCUUCCCAGGAUUCCUCUCAUACUCUCUAGCCUUCAGAGCCCCUUUUUCUGGUUCCUCUGGCCAGAAAGUUGGGGUUUCAAUUGGAAUUUUAUUUGCCUGCACUGCUACCAAAGUAUAGCUCCAGAGCUAGGGCCCACCUUCAGAAAAAAAAUGCUACAGGGGAAGAAAAAAACAAAAAAUGAGGAUUUCACAGCCACACACACACUUUAGUCCCCUUUUCCUGGCUCUGUCUUCUGGAAGGAUGGGGUUUCUAUCACAGUUUUAGUCUCCUGUGCCCCCACCACACAGUUCUGCAAUUGGAGCCUGCUGUCAGGUCAAAGCCAUGAGAGAAAAAAGGGGCGGGGGGGAAACUCAGGAAACUCUUGCUGUAUGCAUCACUUCUCCAAGUUUUGGCUCCCCACCACAAUUCACCUUCUUUGUUUGCCUUUCGAGACCCUCGGGUAGUUGCUUUUUGUAUUUUGUCCAGAGUCUUUACCUGUAAUCUGCAGGAGAGAGAAGCUGUAGGGUCUUAUUCUGUCUUAUACAGAACUGGAAGCCUCACUUUUUAUUUAUUUUUUGAUUAUGUUUAAGUGAAAGUUCACAGUUCAAAUUAGUUUCUCAUAUAAAAAUUUAUUCACACACAGUUAUGUGACCCUAGUCUCUCUGCCUGUAAUGUGACAGCACACUCCCCCUUUCCACCCUGAAUUUCCCGUGUCCAUUCAACCAGCUCCUGUCCCUUUCUGCCUUCUCAUCUCACCUCCAGACAGGAGCUGCCCAUUUGGUCUCAUGUAUCUACUAUUUUUUUUUUUUUAAUCUGCUUGAAAUUAAGAAGCACACGCUUCGUGAGUAUCAUUUUAUCCCUUAUAAUCCCAGUCUAAUCUUUGUCUGAAGAGUUGGCUUCAGGAAUGGUUUUAGUUCUGGGUUAACAGAGAGUCCGAGGGCCGUGUCUUCUGGGGUUCCUCCAGUCUCAGAUCAUUAAUUCUGAUCUUUCUACUAGAAUUUGAGUUCUGUAACCCACUUUUCUCCUGCUCCAUCAGGGACUGUCUGUUGUGUUCUCUGUCAGGCUGGUCAUUGAUGGUAGCUGGGCACCAUCUAGUUCUUCUGGUCUCAGGAGAAGCCUCACUUUUUUAUGUUUGAAAUAUUUUAUUGAAAAAAAAAUUCUGUCUUAUUCAGCCUAAUGGAGAGUACAUGCUGGUAGACUAUGUUGGCUAAGAUUCUUUGAAAUGUAGUAGUUGGAAUGUUCCAUAGCAAGAUUGAGAACCACUGACCCAGCAAGCUAUGGUUUAUUUGCAGUUAGAUCUGGCCACUCUGAGCCUUAGCCUGUCAGCCAAAGGUCAGCAGAAACUGAUACAGCUGGCCCCCUCACUGAGGCUUAGCCCAGUAUUUUUUUUUUAAUGCUUUUCUCAACAGGCUUAGGCUCCUAAUCCAUUAAUUUCUACUUUCUAUGUCUUAAGCCCUAUUAGCUUGUUUUGUCUGUGUGCCUGCGGAGACCUAAGCAGUUAUCAAAAUCAGAAAACCAACUUAAUCCUUAAUUGUCUCCAGGAAGCCCAGGUAAGGAAGAGACUCUGCUUUAUGCUUUUGUACAGUUCUUAUCCUAUGACCAGGUCUAGAUUUCUUCACCUGCUCAGAUGCAAGAAAGGAAGGCAGAUGAUGGGGGAAGAGAAGACUCUGCAUGUAUUAAUCAGCAGAUGUGAAAUAGUUCAAUCGUUGUGGAAAAUGGUAUGGCGCUUCCUUAAAAAGCUAGAAAUAGAAAUACCGUAUGAUCUAGCAAUCUCACUUCUAGGUAUAUAUCCUAGAGAAAUAAGAGCCAUUACAUGAAUAGACAUAUGCACACCCACGUUCAUUGCAGCAUUAUUCACAACAGCAAAAAACGGAAACAACUUAAGUGCGCAUGAACAGAUGAAUGGAUAAACAAACUGGCAUGUACACACAAUGGAAUACUAUGCAAUGUUAAUGAAUAAUGAUGAACCUGCAAAACAUCUCACAACACGGAUAAAUUUGGAGGAUGUUAUGCCGAGUAAAAUAAAUCAAUCACAGAAGGACAAAUACUGUAUGAGACAACAAUUAUAAAAAUUCAAUAAAAGGUUUACACACAGGAAGAAACAUUCUUUGA